UCAUAGCUUCCACGUGAAAAAGAUCUCUCUCUCUCUCCCGUACCCCAACGCCCCUCGCUCUCUCCCAUGGAGAUCUUCAUGCUACUCAGUGCAUUUAUUACUCUUUAUUCGUUGUAUCUCUUCUGGAAGUUGUAUGAUCAAUGGAGGAACCAAAACUGCUACAUCCUCGACUAUGCAUGCUACAAACCGUCAGAUGAUCAGAAGCUCAACACAGAUCUCUGUGGCGAGAUUGUCAUGCGAAACAAGAACUUGGCUAUCGACGAUUAUAGGUUCCUCCUCAAGAUCAUCGUGAGGUCUGGCUUCGGCGAAGAGACCUACGGUCCAAGAAAGAUCGUCUCUGCAAAAGGAGAAGAACCCACAACCCUCGAUGAUGGAAACUCCGAGAUGGACGAUUGCUUUACUGCUACUCUGGACGACCUCUUCGCAAAUUCGGGUUUCCUUCCAACAGACAUUGACGUCCUCAUCGUGAAUGUUUCCAUGCUCUGUCCUGUCCCUUCUCUUGCUGCAAGGAUAAUAAACCAUUACAAGAUGAGGGAGGACGUCAAAGUAUACAACCUCUCUGGAAUGGGUUGCAGUGCGAGUGGUGUAGCAAUCGAAAUCGUGCGAAACAUCUUCAAAACUCACCGGAAGAUGCUGGCUAUCAUUGUCUCAACAGAAUCAAUCGGACCUAAUUGGUAUGGCGGCAACAACAGGUCGAUGAUGGUUGCCAAUUGCCUCUUUCGCUGCGGUGGGUGUUCUAUUCUCUUAACGAACAACCCUGAUCUUAGAAACCGAGCAAAGUUCCGUUUGAGGUGUCUGGUCCAGACCCACCUAGGAGCGAAUGAUGAUGCGUAUGGAUGUGCUAUGCAAAUUGAGGACCACAUGGGUUACGUUGGUAUGUGCCUCAGCAAAGGUCUACCAAAGGCUGCUACACGGGCUUUGGUUGAGAACCUUAGAUCAUUGGCUCCUAGGGUUUUACCCGUAACGGAAUUACUCCGUUACGUCUUUUGCCUUAUAAAAAAGAAGGGCAAUAUCCUCCAAGGAGAUGGGACUGCAUGUGUGAAUUUCAAGACCGGCAUAGAUCAUUUCUGCAUCCAUGCUGGUGGGACGGCGGUCAUCGAAGGAGUGGGAAGGAGCCUGAAGCUGAGUCAGCAUGAUCUAGAGCCGGCAAGGAUGACGCUUCACCGAUUCGGUAACACAUCUGCUGGUAACCUUUGGUAUGUGUUGGCUUACAUGGAGGCAAAAAGGAGGCUUAAGAAGGGGAAUAGGGUUUUGAUGAUUGGCUUUGGAGCUGGUUUCUUGUGCAACAGCUGCCUGUGGGAGGUGGCAAGGGAUUUGGACGACAGGAAUGCUUGGGCAGAUUGCAUUGAUCAGUACCCUCCCGAAACCCUAGUCAAUCCUUUCAUGGAGAAGUUUGAAUGGAUCAACCAUGAUUCGGAACGUGUUGCACAAACUUACUUGGAGGUCCGUAGGCAAUAUGGAGGCGGGAAUCCCUUAUCCGUCCACUAGUGAAAAAGGGAUCCCUAAACCCUACUCAAAUCUCUGAUGUUACAAAUACGUUUACAACUAUUCUGUUAUUGUAUCUUGCUGUUUUUAUUAUUUUAUCUUUUAUGUGUUGAGCUUUGAGUAUGUUUUAGACUGUGUACUUCUGUCUGAGCUUUGCUAACACAAUAGAAACUUGGGGGAUCAUAUGAA